GUGCCGCGGUGCAUUGUGGGUGUUCACGGAGAAGUAAAAUGGCGGACUUGGCGAACGAAGAGAAGCCUGCCAUAGCUCCUCCAGUGUUUGUGUUUCAGAAGGACAAAGCACAGAAGAGAUCUGCAGAUGGGUCGAGUGCAGAGGAUGGAGACGAUUCAGAUCGAGAUGAGUACUGUCCUCCAGUAAAGAGAGAAAGGACCUCAUCUCUGACCCAGUUCCCCCCGUCACAUUCAGUUCCCAAGAAUAAUAUCUUCAUGCCCUCAAGUUUAUGCCAGUCUCCAACUGGUAAUUCAGACUCGGAGCCAGAGGAGAAGCCCGUCGGGUUCAGGUUGAAACCUCCCACACUCAUUCAUGGCCAGGCCCCAAGCGCAGGUUGUUUUCCAGGCGUUCCCAGUCAGAAGCCCAAAGAACAGCAGCGCAGUGUUCUGAGACCAGCCGUUUUACAGGCUCCUCCGGCCAAAACCCUCACAGAACCCGUCAAGACCAACUCCAGCUGUGGAACAAACGGAGUGGGGAAGUUUGGAGAUUCAUCAUCAGAAAGCCGAUCUGUUUUCCUGAACAACACAGAAAGCUCGGACAAAUCACCGAAGCGGGAGAAGGAAGGAGAAGAAAAUGGAGGUGGACAGAAAGUGGACGGCAGUCAGAAGGAAUGUGCAGUGGACUCAUCGUUUGUGUUCGGGCAGAAUAUCAAAGAGCGAGCGAAGUUGGAUGAAAACAGCACAUCCAGUGACUCAAAAGACUCCACACAAGAUUCUCAGUCUGGCCGCACUAAUUAUUUUUUACAGUACAUGGGCAGCGCUAGCUCCAACAAUGCCACCAACAGCUCGGAUAAAGGCUCCAAGUUUGUUUUUGGCCAGAACAUGUCUGAGAGAGUUCUGAGCCCCCCAAAAGGAGGCGAGGCGUCCGUCGAGGUCAGUAAAGACUGUUCAGCUCCAGCGUCAGAGCCAUCAUCACAAGAGGCCACACCUGAGAAAAAUCACAAUGCAACGGAGUCUCUGGAAGAGUCCGCAGCCGCGUACACCAAAGCCACUGCCAAGAAGUGCAUUCUGGAGAAGGUGGAGGUCCGUACAGGAGAGGAGGCGGAAAGCAACGUUUUACAGAUGCAGUGCAAAUUGUUUGUGUUCGAUAAACCAGUUCAGUCGUGGGUGGAACGAGGCCGCGGUCUGCUCAGACUUAACGACAUGGCGUCCACUGAUGAUGGCUCGCUACAGUCGAGAUUAGUGAUGCGCACGCAGGGCAGUUUGCGAUUGAUCCUCAACACCAAGCUUUGGCCGCAGAUGCAGGUGGAUAAAGCCAGUGAGAAAAGUGUUAGAAUCACAGCCAUGGACACUGAGGACCAGGGCGUCAAGGUCUUCCUCAUAUCGGCGAGCUCUAAAGAUGCGGGUCAGCUGGCCGCGGCGCUGCAUCACCGGAUUCUGGCUCUGCGGAGUCGUGCGGAGCAGGAGACUGAGAGCACACCCGCCCCGGCCGAACCAGAGAUCCCACAGUCAAACGAGGACGACAGCGACGAUGAUGAACCUGCUAACAACAGCAGCGGCACGGGGAACUCCACCGCCAGUGGUAACUGUGAGAACAGCGAGACCCCAGCCGCCGAGAGCACAUAGCAUCCUGACCCUCUGCCCGACCCACAGCCGCCCUCCGGGGUUUCAGCGCAGGCAUCUCUGUGGACAGCCCCUUCGGACCGCAGCCGUGGACCCCUGGAGUGGAGUCUCUCUCACCCAAACUUCUGUUCUUCAUUUCCCCCACCAACAUUUAUUGUAAAUCUGGAGUUUUUUUUUUUUUUUAUCAUUUCAUUUGUUUUUAGUUUUUGUUUUUUCUUUCCUCUUGGACUGCAAAUAAACAAAUUAAAAAGACAACAAAUAAGGAAAAGACAGAAAAAAAGAAGAAAAAAACAGACUUUUCCAUGUAUGGCUUUGGACUUGGUCGCUCAUCAUAUUGAUGAGGUUGUUUCCCUGUGAGGGUGUUUCUCUCUCAGUUUAAGACGUGGCUCUUCAAGACUGCAGUUUCUACCGUGGGACCGUUUUUUACUCAUUCUCUGUGUCUCUAUCGCUCUCUCUUCUCAUUGGCUCUCGGCUUAGUUAACUGGCCACAUCAUCGCGCUUAUCGGCCAAUCGGCUUCCCGGAAGCUCCACGGUCACCUGACCUCUGAUGUGUUCUGUGUAGUUGUACCAUUAUUCCCAGCUGAUUUCUGCCAGAUUCACCAAGCGUCUCCUGGACAAGCUGACACUCUUACUAGUCUGUUAAGAUGGUAGUUAGAUUUCUCAUUGGUGUUAACAAAUAAAGGACUCAAUGGGCACACGGACUCGUGUUGUAGUGAAUCGCUUUCUACAUCCGCCCCCUGUAAAAGAGAAAAAUAUCUUCACCCCAACGUCUCUUGAACAUCAAAUUGAGUUGUGUAGCUUCGUUUAGGGGCAAAUAAUGUUUAUUUCUUUUCUUUUUUAUGUAAAAUGUAACCUUUAAAUGCAGCAUCGGUAUUUGUUUUUAUUUUCCAUAUUCUGAGGGGUUUGUAUUGUGUUGGCCUUUUUUUUUUAAUGUUGAUUUACUAUAUUAACUUUUUAUCCAUUUUCUUGUUAUUUGGAGACGAUUUGUCAGAAAUGAAGAUUUUCUUCUUGUGUUGGAAGUUUGAGUGCAUUUAGACGGAAAAAAAAGGACAAAAAAAACAAACUUGUACCCUUGAAUGUUCUGUAAAUUUCUAUGUGUAUAUUAUCACUUACUAGCACACCAUGUCUCUGAAUUCCUUUACAAAAUAAAUAGUAAUAUCAAAGUAAAAAAAAAAAAAAAGUUGAAACAUUUGAAAUAAAAUUUUGUCUUAUGUCAAAA